UCAGCUUCAAACGCUUUCUCCAAGGUAACCAAUACAGUUCAGGGUUAUAACCCUUUAAGCAGUUCCGAUGAGGUAGAGGAAGAUCCUUGGUAUCAGCUUUCUCGUGUUGAGCGUAUUAUAGCUUUUGCUCUGUGCCUUGCUCUGGGUGCGGGUUGUUUUUCUUUGUCAUUUUUCUUCUUGCCAUUAUUUCCUGGAAAAUUUGCUGCAACCUUUACCUUGGGUAGCAUCUUAGUUUUGGUUAGCGUCGCAUUAUUACGUGGACCACUCAGUCAUAUUAAACAUAUGAUGUCAAAGGAAAGAUUACCUUUCACAAUAUCGUAUGUAGGCUCAAUGAUAUUGACUUUGUAUGCAGCGAUCGGUUUGCGAGCGAUGAUUCUGACAAUUAUAUUCGCUGUUAUCCAAAUCAUUGCUCUGAUAUGGUAUGUCGGAUCUUACAUUCCAGGCGGUAUUUCUACCCUGAGAUACGGAACUUCAUAUAUAGGACGAAGAGCUGCAUCAGUUUUACCAAUCUAA